AUGGUGGGUAUCGCAGUUGUGCAGGCUAUGCACAAAUCUGAGCGGGAGGUUGCUGUUGCUGAGGCACCGGCACUUCGACGGGUCAUUUGGUACAAGGACCCCGGGCUGAGGAAGCUCUAUGGCCUGGCCGUCGCGCUGUUCUUCGCCUCUGCGACGACAGGAUAUGAUGGGUCCAUGCUGAACGGCCUCCAGAUCCUCGAUGUCUGGCAAGAUUACUUCAACCACCCGACGGGAUCGCUUCUCGGCCUCUUCGGGUCGAUUUAUAGUAUUGGCAGUCUUGCGGGGCUUCCUUUUGCACCAUACCUGUGUGAUAUCUAUGGCAGGCGCAUUGCCAUCAUGGCGGGAUGUGUUUUCCUCUUCGCCGGCGUCGCAAUCCAAAGUGCCUCACAAAACUUCUCCAUGUUCAUCGCCGGGCGUUUCUUCGUCGGAUUUGGCAACAGCAUGUGUUCGAAUUCAGCCCCUCUCCUCCUGACCGAGCUGUGCCAUCCACAACAUCGCGGAAGAGUGACGACGGUCUACAACCAGUUGUGGGACAUUGGGUCCAUUGCAGCAACAUGGAUCACCUUUGGCACCUUCACCAUGAAGAACAACUGGGCGUGGCGGAUCCCUUCGAUCCUGCAGGCUUUCCCGACCUUCAUACUCUUUUGCUUCAUUUGGAUUAUCCCAGAGUCUCCCCGUUGGCUGAUAUCGAAGGAUCGGCAUGCCGAAGCUCUAACAACGCUCGCCAAGUAUCAUUCGAACGGUAACGAAAUGGACCUCACCGUCCAAUUCGAGUACCGUGAAAUUAGGGAGACUCUCCGCCUCGAAUUCGAGUCGAAGAAGUCCAGCAGCUUCUUGGAUUUUCUCAGGACAAAGGGCAACAGGUAUCGACUGUUGCUUGUCGUUGCUCUCGGUCUCUUCUCGCAAUGGAGUGGCAAUGGCUUGACCAGCUAUUACUUUGCCAUCGUGAUGAAGAGCAUCGGGGUGACGGACAAAAACGAACAGUUUGAGAUCAAUGGUUCCAAAACCAUUCUUUCACUUAUUGUCGGGCUCAUCGCUGCAGCAGUCGUCGAUCGGUUCGGUAGACGUCCGCUGUUCUUGACUGCGACCACAGGCAUGUUCGUCGCCUUCGUCCUCUGGACGGCCUGUUCCGCUCUGUACGACAUCGACGGGAAUCUCGCGGCGGGGAAGACCGUAAUCUUCUUCAUAUUCCUGCACGGCGUCUUCUACAACAUUGCCUGGUCGGGUCUGCUUGUGGGCUAUACCGUUGAGAUCAUGCCUUAUAAAUUGCGUGCGAAGGGCCUCAUGCUCAUGAACUUCUUCGUUCAAGCCGCGCUCGUGUUCAAUCAAUAUAUCAACCCUAUUGGACUGUCACAUCUACAACCUCGUUGGAGGUUUUAUUCCAUCUAUUGUGGCUGGCUCCUUCUCGAGGUCAUCUUCGUGGCUUUCAUGUUCAUCGAAACACGCGGCGUCACACUCGAAGAGGUCGCGAAGAUUUUCGACGGGGAGGACGCAGAGGUUGCCCACGUCGAUCUCGACGUCGUGGAGGAGAAGGUACAACACGUGCAGCAGCUCGAGGACGUUGAGGUCACGGCAAUUCCGCAGCGUGUGGAGAAGGUCUGA